ACUUCGGUACGCUGAGCCACGUAUGAAGGAAGGAGUUCCGGGUCCACGCUGCCAUUCAAUAUCGAAACCAGUCAACAAUGGCUGAGUUCCAAGAAGUGAAUGAAAAGUCUGAUUUGCAUCCAAAACCGGCUGGGUUGGUUUUGCAAUAUGGCACAGCUGGAUUCAGAACAAAGGCUGGAAAUCUGGACCAUAUCAUGUUCCGGAUGGGGCUGCUAGCAGCUCUAAGAUCCAGAAAGACAUCUGCAGCCAUCGGAGUUAUGGUGACCGCCUCUCAUAACCCAGAGGAAGACAAUGGGGUGAAGCUGGUAGAUCCGAUGGGGGAGAUGUUGGCUCCAGCAUGGGAGAGCUACGCCUCCCAGCUCGCCAACGCCGAGCAGACGGAUCUGGUAGUGACGCUGAAGAACAUAAUUGAGAAGGAGGCAAUUGUCAUGAGCCAGUCGGCGAACGUUUUUGUGGGCAGGGACACGAGGAGCAGCAGUGUUCUCCUCUCACAAGCCGUUUUGGAUGGUGUAUCUGCACUGGGUGGUGUCAGUAAAGACUACGGCCUGGUCACGACCCCGCAGCUCCACUUUAUGGUUUGCUGUCACAACACGCAGGGGGAGUACGGCGAACCCACGGUGGAUGGAUACUACAAAAAACUCUGCCAAGCUUUCAGUCAACUCUGCAAAAACGCUUCCAACCGGACUGAUGACCAGAAGCACCUCACUGUAGAUGGGGCCAACGGUGUUGGUGCGCUGAAGGUCCGUGAGAUUGAGGGACACAUUAAGAAGGAGCUGCAGAUCUCACUGGUCAAUGAUUGUGGUGGGAAACUGAACCAUCAGUGCGGCGCUGAUUUCGUCAAAGUGCAGCAAAAACCUCCGACAGGCAUGAAAGUGAAUGCCGGCGAGCGCUGCUGCUCUUUUGACGGUGAUGCCGACAGAAUAGUCUACUACUACAUCGACUCCGAAGGACGCUUUCACCUGCUGGAUGGAGACAAGAUAGCGACGCUGAUCAGCACGUUCCUAAAGGAGCUGCUCAUUCAGGCUGGCCUGGAGUUGAACCUAGCGGUGGUGCAAACUGCUUAUGCUAACGGAAGCUCAACGCAAUACCUGGAGAACACAAUGAAGGCAAGAAAAGAUUCAAGGUCCUCUUAUUCAAAGGUUCCAGUGAGAUGCACCAAGACUGGAGUGAAGCACCUGCAUCAUGCAGCGCUGGAGUUUGAUAUUGGCGUUUAUUUUGAAGCCAAUGGACACGGAACUGUGCUGUUCAGCAAGGCUGCGCAGGAGAAGAUUCAGCAGCUCACAGAGGACUCCAACACCAACGACGAGAGGAAGCGAGCGGUUCUCCUGCUGCAGAGCACGAUAAAUGUCAUCAACCAGACUGUCGGUGAUGCCAUUUCUGACAUGUUACUGGUUGAAGCGAUCCUCGCCAUCAAAGGCAUGACUGCCCAGCAGUGGGACGCCAUUUAUACAGACCUUCCAAACAGGCAGCUGAAAGUUAAGGUGGCUGACCGCUGUGUGAUCGACACCACGGAAGCGGAGAGACGGGCCGUGAGCCCGGCAGGUCUUCAAGAUUGCAUCGACGGUUUGGUGAAGAAGUACCCGCAUGGUCGCUCCUUUGUGAGGCCGUCUGGCACCGAGGACGUGGUCAGAGUUUACGCCGAGGCAGACACUCAGGACAAUGCCGACGCUCUGGCGCAUGAAGUCAGUGUCGCGGUCUAUCGCAUGGCAGGUGGAGUCGGCGCCGAACCUAAACCUUUAUAAAGUACUCUGCACUUUUUAACUUUUAAUGCCAAUCAUUACUCUGGAUGGAUCUAAUAAUGUGUCUACUGUACUCACUUUGCUCUGUUAGUGAAGGAUUUAUCUAUGGGAAAGUUAUCUUGCUACUUUGGGUGUGCCAAAGUGGCACAAGGAAACAUGUAAAGGUGCCUGGAUGAACUACGACAUUACAUUGAUGUGAUCUAAAUAAAAUCAUGAGAUUAAUUUCAAACAAAUCAGAUGAUAAUGAAGCAUUGAUGGAUGCUAGUGCCACGGUGGAAACAACAAUACUUGAGUGAAACAUUGGAGCAGGUGAUAAAAGUCAUUGUCAAAAAAAUUUAUCACAUUUUCCGCAUGGUAAUUCACACAACAGUCAACUGUGGUUGGCUUUAACUUUUAAGUCAUGGUUGUGGUAAUUUCAUGUUAGCAACUGAAUUUUAGCCAUAAGUCGUGGCAUCAUGAACACUGAUGAUAAUGUCAUUUGUUGUUUGUUUUUUUUAAUUCUGAAUAUUUUUAUUAAUCAUGUAGAAAAAUAUUGGGAGGCCGGUCUUUUGA